AUUAUUUCAAUCAACAUGAUUAUCGCCUUACUGCUAACAUGUCUCUUUCUCGCAAUCUUAUAUCAUUACACUAUACAUCUUGGAAGAAACGGACGAUUUAUUGAUUGUAUACCAGGACCAGUGACACUUCCUAUUUUAGGCAAUAUUCAAGGUUUGAAUGCCUCACCAGAGGAAUUGUGGUAUCUUAUACGCGGAUGGAUGGGUACAUAUUAUCCAGUUUGGAAAUAUUGCGUUUUCAGUAUGCCCAACAUUUGCAUUUGCAAUCCAGACGACAUGGAAAAAAUACUAAACAGCACGAAACAUAUCGUGAAAGGCUUCGAAUACAAACUUUUGAAACCUUGGUUAGGCGAAGGACUUCUUACUAGUAAAGGAAUGAAGUGGCAACAAAGGCGGAAGAUAUUAACGCCCGCAUUUCAUUUUUCUAUAUUAAAACAAUUCGUUGAGAUCUUGAUUGAGGAGGGCAAUCGCGCAGCGAAAUCAUUCAAGAAUACAGAGGAAUCGGUUAUCGAUGACUUGCUACAUUUUACCAGUCACCAUACAUUAAAUGCUAUAUGUGAAACUUCGAUGGGCACCUCAUUGCAAGAUGUAGGUUCUUCUCACGAAGAAUAUCGUCAUACGGUUCAAGAUAUGGGCAAAUUUGUGGUCAGCAGAUUUUUCAAACCAUGGCUUUUGAAUGACACAAUAUUCAAUUUAACGUCAAUGGGUAGGACACAUAAUAAAUAUCUCAACAUCUUGCACUCAUUCACCAGAAAAAUUAUCACAGAAAGAAAGCUUUAUCACGAACAAACUAAAUGGCAGUAUUUGAAAAACUUUGAAAACGACAUAGGAAUGGAAAACGAAGAAGUAAUAGGGAUUAAAAAGAAACGAAUGGCCAUGUUGGAUAUUUUAAUAGCGGAAUCUGGCAAGAAUGGACUAAGUGAUUCAGAUAUCAGAGAAGAAGUCGAUACCUUUGUGUUCGAGGGUCACGAUACUGUAGCAAUAGCAUCAUGUUUCACUCUACAACUGUUAGCUGAGCAUAAAGAUAUCCAGGAUCGUGUAAGAAACGAAAUUUCUGAGGUGAUGCAGGAAAAUGAUGGAAAGCUUACUAUGAAGGCAUUACAGAAUAUGCCAUAUUUGGAGAUAUGUUUGAAAGAAUCGUUGAGAAUGUAUCCUAGUGUUACUUUUAUAUCGCGUAUCUGUACCGAAGAUGUAAAAUUACAUUCAUAUUUGGUGCCUGAAGGCACAACGGUGCAUCUCUUUAUCUACGAUCUUCAUCAUGAUGCUAAGAUUUGGCCGGAUCCGGAGGUAUUUAAUCCAGACAGAUUUUUACCAGAGAAUAUAAGGAAUCGUCAUCCUUAUUCCUAUUUACCAUUCAGCGCGGGACCACGAAAUUGCAUUGGUCAACGAUUCGCUCUGUUGGAAUUAAAAGCUUUGAUAGCUCCUCUGGUGUACAAUUUCUACUUAGAGCCCAUUGAUUAUUUGAAGGAUAUCCGACUGAAGCUGGAUUUUGUACUGCGUGCUGUACGUCCGAUUCGCAUGAAAGUCAUUCCGAUUAAACGUACAUAAUCAUUUAAUGUAAAUACUGAUUGGCCAGAAAUAAUCGAUCAAAUUUUUAUAUAUCAAACGACGCCUGAGAAACUCGCUAGGAUAUCUGAUAUGCAAAUUAUAAAUAACAGGCCAACGAUACGCUACGCUAAAGAAAAAGGAUGUAAUAUUCUCUUCCGAGUGCAAUUUCUACUUAGAAUUAAUCGAUUGACUUUAAAGAAUAAGCACAUAAUCCUUGGUCUGGUGUUCUCUCCAACGAAGAAGCGUCAGGUUCAAUUUCGUAAACAUCAUGUACACAUAUAAUUUGUCUCAAAGAAACCGCAUGAAUUGAGCACGAAUUCUGCGAUUGUAAUAAACAAAUGCGGAUAUGUCACCAAAAACGAAGGAUUGUUGAUUUGACCAUUCUAUUUAAUAUUAUAACUAUAAUAUAUAUUUACGUUAGUUGUAACACAAAGUAAGUUUAUUAAGAAUACUUUGAAACUUAUAUUAGGUGGACUCGGGUUAUAAUAGAAAUGACAAGGUUUACACAAAUUUUAAACGUAUUAAAAAUAAAUAAAUAAUUACCUUCAACGAGAUUGGUUUUAUACCAAAAUAUUCUUGGAUUAUUCAUUAUAAGGAAAACAUAUGUUUUAUAGCGAGAAAAUGAUUUAAAAGGACAAAAUUAUUAUUUUGCUGAAAGCGGGUAUUAACAUUGUUAUGCUUUUUA